AUGUUUGAGGCUGCAAAGCCGGGCGUUGACUUUUCGAUUCGCCUCCCGCCCGCCAUCCCUCCCGCGCUCGUCGCCGACUCGGGCCGCAUCCGCCAAGUCCUCCUCAACCUUGCCUCCAAUGCUGUCAAGUUCACCUCCUCUGGCUCGGUCUCUGUCGACGUCGCGCUCGACGCCCUCGAUCCGGGCACCUACCUUCCAGGCUUGCCACCUCAGACCGCCGAUCCUGCCGCAAGCCAGGCGUUCCACCCCAAGCCACCCGACUCGGCGCCGCGCACCGCCACAGACGACUCGGUCGAAUGGAAACGCGUCGUCCCGGCCAAGCUCACAUUCAUCGUCUCGGACACAGGUAUUGGCAUCGCGCCCGACGUUGUGCCACGCCUCUUCUCUCCGUUUGUUCAAGCCGAUGACUCGAUCACACGCAACUUUGGCGGCACCGGCCUAGGUCUCGCCAUCGUCAAGGAGAUUACCUCGCUCUGCGGGGGGAGCGUAGACCUAACUUCGGCCCUCGACGACGGCACCACCAUUACAGCCUCGUUUGUCGUCGGCAUGGUGCCAUCGCCCGAAGACCAGCUCGCACGUACGCUAGGUGACGUCUCGCUGUUGACCUCGGCGCUCACCAUCGUCGUCGGCUCGUGCGCGCGGCUUACAGAAGCACUUCUCGCUCCGCCGAUCUCAAGCAAGUCGGUCACGACCAUUGCCGAUCCUCUUGACGCCCUUGUGGCUCUCCGAGACGCGCCCCAGCCUUACGACCUCAUUGUUAUUGCUCUCGACAACGUCGCCGCCUUUCUCUCGCCGCUCACCUGGUACGAUGCGCCGGCCCUUCUCGCGGACUCGCGCAUCCUCUGCCUAGUCUCGAACACAGCUCUCAUGACGGCGGCCGACUACGCCGCCACAUCGUGUUUGCCAUCGGUCGACUGCCUCGCUGUUGUCAACAGCGCCGAGCCUGUUGUUCAGCUUCUUACUGCUGCGCUCGAUCUCCUCGGCCCGUCCACAAAGCUCAACCAGAGUUGUUCGAGUGAUGUUGACCAGACUUUGCAUGACUUGACGCCCUCGUAUCUCGCUCUCGGCUCCAACGUGUUGUUGACCGACAUGUCGAGCUACUCUGGUGACAAUCAGCUCGGGACGUCGCCUGAACAAGACAUGCCGGCCGAGACGCCAGGGCUGCGUUGCGACGUCGACUUCAUGCCGACGUCAAAACUCCGUUUACACCGCAAGUCGUGUACACUCCAUCGCUGGCCACUCCUCUUUCUGCCUCUCCUCACGUUGUCCUACCUAGUGUCGCGCCCGAAGAGCGGCUUUGGUCGCUUGUCGACGCGGUGA